CCUCGCUUAUUUGCCCACCCUGUACAUCUAAUGGGUUCGAGAUCAAGAUAUUUCUCUUUUGCGGAUGAUACUGUCUUGGUGUACUCAGGAAGAUCUUUAGAGGAACAGGAAUCGACUAUCAAUGCUGAUCUGCUUUAUUGUUCUGACUGACUGCGGUAUAACAGACUGAGCAUAAAUGUAGACAAGACUGUAUAUAUGUGUAUACCUAGUCCAGCCAUAAGUUCUGAUACACAAGUUACGGUCAACGUAGAGAGGGGAGUUUUAGGUGCGCGACUUUGGUAACACUGUGAGGUUAUUCAGUGGAGUAUCGUACGUGAUAUUCGCAGCCAGUGGUUAGUGAAGAAGGCGUUUCGUACGUCAUGUCGUCGCUUCUCGAGAAACGUACUGCUGUUAUAACAUUACACAACGCUGGUAAGCAGCCGAGUGAGAUUUUGAAGCAGCUGCGCGGAGUGGGAGUAACGCGGUUGUUCGUGUAUCGCACGUUAAAACGUUAUAGGGAGACUGGUGACGUAGUUGAUCGAGUCAGAACUGGUAGACCGCGUGUUGUUCGAACGAAAAAAAAUAUCAAAGCGGUACGUGAACGAAUUCGUAGGAACCCCGUCCGCAAACAGAAAGUAAUGGCGCGAGAGAUGAAAAUAUCGGCCAGGAGCAUGAGUCGCAUACUCCGCGAUGACUUAGGGAUGAGAGCUUAUAAGCGGUUCACCGGCCAUCUCCGUAAGAACCAAGAAUCUACUGAAACUAACACCGAAGAAAUAAUCCUACCAGAUUCACCAUCUUCAGUUCAGUCUUUCAAACGUAGUGAACCAUCAAGCAUAUCACAAGCUCCAAAACGCAUAACAAUUUCUAGAAAUACUCCAUUAGGUUUCUAUGUAGAUGAAAGCAGAGAGUCACUGAAAAAAACUGUAAAUACAAAUAAUUAUAGAUCCGACGAUCAAUAUGAUGCCUUUGCCAAACAUAUUUCUGCUCAACUGAGAGAGCUUCCUAUAAGAAGUUUCAUUAUUUUGCAAGGACAAAUUCAGGAUCUUAUUAAUCGUGAAAGAUUAGCCCAACUUCUUCCUCAGCAAGACAUGCAGCAGCAGUACGAUUGUAUACCUUCCACAUCUCAUUCUGACAGUUUGGAAUUUUCACAAGAAUUGAAAGAAGAAAUUACAAUUGAGUACGAUAUUUGAAAAAUUGAAAUAUAUUCCGUUUUUCCAAACACAACUAAAUAACAUUUAUAUAUGGAUAAGACAGCGUGAGUCGCCAGAUGUACCCUGUACUGAUGAGAGUGCAUCCGAUGCAUAUUGCAAAUACGCAGAAGUGCAUCUGGGUUUCUUUGCUAGGCAACGCACCUAGAUAUCAAUAUCCUACAACAAGGUGUGAUCAUUCGUCAAGUGGUCGUCUAUCGAGUAGAGUCAGAUAGUAGUACAAGUUUUCAAUUGAAUUUGAAUUGUUUCAAAUUGAAUGAAGCAGCGAAUUCGUUUAUUGUGUGAUUCAGGAACGAGAAGAUUUUCUUAAUUCAAGGUGAGAAAAUUGUCAUAUUUUCAUUUUAAAUUUCGAUUUGUUCCUUCAGGAUUCCCUUGACUGUAUUCACAAUUUCUGUCUCUAACGUAAACAAAGGAUCUGAUUAUCUGUGAUAUAUGCUGGUCAUUAGCCUUUUUUUACCUCUUUCUGAAGUAUUAUCUUCCUUAAAUCAAUAAUUCUCAUAUUCGCCAUGUUGCAUUGAUUCAUGUAUUUCUCUGCUUCAUAUGGAACAACAAAUUUUUUCAUCUCGGAGAAAAGUUCAAUUCGAAAAUCCCGAAUGAAAAAUAUUCGAACUUGUUUCAACGUCAUCUUUUAUAUUUUGGAAUCUUCCAUAGGAGGGGCAAUUCGCUUAUGGAAGCAAAGAGCAUGUGCA